AUGUUCCCAUCUAUUGAUCUAUCUAUAUAUCUUUGCUUGAUGGUUUCUAUCUAUCUAUCUAUCUAUCUAUCUAUCUAUCUAUCUAUCUAUCUAUCUAUAUCAAUCUUUCUACCUGUAUUCUAUCCUCUCGGAAUUUUUUAUUCAAAAAAUAUACAUAUAUGUGUAUGCACCUAUGUAUAUAUAUCUAUAUAUUUUGCAUAUGUAUCUGUAUAUUUACCACUAAUAUUAUCUAUCUAUCUAUCUAUCUAUCUAUCUAUCUAUCUAUCUAUCUAUCUAUCUAUCACUUCUGACGCUCGUCCCGUGUCGUUAUAUAUAAAUAUCUAUCUAUCUAUCUAUCUAUCUAUCUAUCUAUCUAUCUAUAAAAUAAGUCAUUUUCAUUCUUUCUUUCUUUCUUUCUUUCUUUCAUUUUACUAUUUUAUUAUUUUCUUUAGUUCCUUGUUACUAUUUUCUAUCUUUCUUUCUUUCUUUCUUUCUUUUUUUCUUUCUUUUUCUUACUUUCUUUCUAUUUACUAUUCUUUCUUUCUUUCUUUCACUCUUUUUCUUUCAUUCUUUCUCGUUACUAUUCUUUCUUUCUUUCUUUCUUUUUCUUUCUUUCUAGUUACUAUUCUUUCUUUCUUUCUUAACUAUUUUCUACCCUUCUUUCUUUACUUCUCGUUACUAUUUUCUUUCUUUUUCUUUCCUUCUUUCUUUUCUUCUCGUUACUUCUUUCUUUCUUUCUUUCUUUCUUUCAUUUUACUAUUUUAUUAUUUUCUUUCUUUCUUGUUACUAUUUUCUAUGUUUGUUUCUUACUUUAUUCAUUUCUUUUUCUUUCUUUCUUUCUUUCUUUCUCGUUACUAUUCUUUUUUUCUUUGUCGUUACUAUUCUUUCUUUCUUUCUUUCUAUUUACUAUUGACUUUCUUUCUAUUUCUUUCUUUCUUUUUAUUUUUUUCUAUGUUCUUUCUUUCUCGUUACUAUUUUCUUCCCUUCUAUCUUUUCUUCACGUUACUAUUUUCUUUCUUUCUAUUUCUUACCUUCUUUCUUUUCUUCUCGUUACUUCUUUCUUUCUUUGUUUUUAACGGUGAACUCUUUACCUUCUCUCCCACUAUGACUGAAUACCAUUCUUUCUUUCUUUCUUUCUUUCUUUCUUUCUUUCUUUCUUUCUUUCUUUCUUUAACUGUUCGCUCUUUUUCUUUCUCUCCCACCAUACCUAUCUUUCUUUCUUUCUUUCUUUCUUUCUUUCUUUCUUUCUUUCUUUCUUUCUUUCUUUCUUUUGUGUCCCGUUCUUUCUUUUCUUCAUACCCCUUAUUUUAUAAACUUCUUUCCCUCACCCCUACGACCAUUAUUCUCUCUACCUGA